GAACAGCUUGAUCUUUCUUACAAAAACUCAAGGGAAUUGAAUAAGAUAAUCGACAAGCAGCUUCCCAGUCACCCAAAGUUCAGGUGUGAACAAAUUGUCAUUGCAGGUGAGGCAUUCGACAUUUUCUAUAGGGAUGUCACCGAGUGUGUCAAAGCCUUGUAUGGUGAUCCAGAUUUUGCCAAUUUUUCAGUCUUUGCACUGGAACACCACUAUGCAGACAAGGAACAAACUGUCUGGUUAUACUAUGAUAUGCAUACUGGUAAAUGGUGGUGGGAUACUCAGGUAAGUUUAUAUUUUGAAGAUUUCUGCUCAUUGAAACUAACUGAUAAAAAACUUGAUCAGCACAAACCGGGUGCAACUAUCAUUCUGAUUAUUAUUUCAAGUGAUAAGACUCAAGUAACAAUGUUCCACAACAAAACAGCUUACCUAGUCUACCUUACCAUUGGCAAUAUUCCAAAGGAUAUUCGCUGA